GGAAGCCUCGCAGGCGCCGCCGAAGCCCCCACCCCCGCGCUCCGUGUGCGCGCGUGUGUGUGUGGCGGGAGGGUCACGAAGACCCCGCAGUGCAGGCCAGGCUGCCAGGCGGGGCGGUUGGAAGACACGUCGCUCUCCCGAGCUCCCUGCUCGGCCGGCUGGGUCCCCGAAGUAGCCUCUGGGGAAGCAGGAAGGGCUCCCUGGCCGCCCCCGUGCAGAUCUCCUGCGGCCCCCGAAGAUGGCCCAGUUCAAGCGCCAGAAGCCUCUGCGGACCAGCAGCCUCCAGGGAGCCCCCCGGGGGUCGUUCUCAGGAACACAGCCAGCCUCUCUACUAGGACCGGCCCCAGGUCUGUUAAAUCCUCCUAUUUCAGCAGAUAUCAUUCAAGCAACACGUCAUCUUCAGGGAGGAGAGAAGCAGCGUGUUUUUACUGGCAUUGUCACCAGUCUCCACGAUUAUUUUGGCGUGGUGGAUGAUGAAGUUUUUUUCCAGUUAAGCGUUGUCAAAGGCCGGAUCCCACAAAUUGGGGAGAAAGUGCUGGUGAAAGCUGUUUACAACCCCAGCCAGUCGGUGCCCUGGAAUGCCUUGAAGGUCCAGACCUUGUCAAAUCAGCCUCUUCUGAAGCCCCCCACUCCUCUGCUCCAUGUAGCUUCUUUGGGACAGAAGCAAGGCAUUCUGGGAGCUCAGCCUCAGCUCCUCUUCCAGCCACACCGGAUUCCCCCUCUCUUCCCCCAGAAACCAAUGAGCCUCUUCCAGACAUCUCCAUCGCUCCACUUGGGCCACCUUGGGAGAUACGCCAGUAGAGGUCCUAAAGGCAGGCAGGAGUCAGGCAGAUGGGAUGACUUUGACUCCAAGAAGAGGAAGCAGAAGGGUAAUGAGCCCUGGGGGGCAAAGAAGCCUCGGCACGAGCCACCCCAAUACCGAGUCCAGUUGGCUUGCUAUGCUGUGAAUAGCCCUUUCUGUGAUGCCAUGGAAAUCUUGAGGCGCUACUGCAGCAUCCAGCUGCCCAAGGAAUUCUAUGAUGUCCGCCUCUGCUGGUUGGAUACCUUCCCUCUUAGCCAGCCGUUGACUCUGAAGCACCCUAGCCGUAUCCAAGUGGCCAGUCCUGCUGAAGAGUUGCCUCAGACGGGAGAGGAUACCAGGCUGGAGGCUCAGCCGGAGGACGCAAAUCCUGCAUUCAGUGCCAAGGUUCUGCUGCUUUCUUCUCCUGGCAUUGAGGAAUUCUACCGCAAUUCUCUGCUGUAUAUUGAGGAGCCCAGCGAGCAGAGGGAAAUCCCUGAACACCCCACAAAGCAAAUUAAGUUCCUGCUGGGAAAGAAGGCAGAGGAGCUGGUGCUUCUGGGAGGAGAGUGGUCCCCCUCUCUGGAUGGUGCUGACCCAGCUACGAGCCCCACGGUCCUGAUCCGCACAACCAUUCGUUGCGUCAAAGCCCAGAUCGGCUUGGAUUUGAGCCCCUGCACGAAGUGGUACCGGUUGGCUGAGUUCAGAUACCUGCGUGAGGGAAACCCAUCUUACCAGGAGCAGACUGUGGUUUUCCUGCCAGAUAUUUGGAGCCUGAUGCCCUCUCUUGAAGAGUGGGAGGCCUUAUGCAAACAGAAAGCAGAAAAAGCUGCAGCACCUUCAGAAGUAAAAAGCGAGUCGGUGGAAGAAACUGAACAGUCUUCUGAACCAGCUACGGAGCAAGAAAUGGAGUCCUGUGAGCAGGAAAUGGAGCCAUCUGAACCGGUCCCCGAGCCGGCUCUGGAGACAUCGACUUCUGAACCAGAGACACCAGUUCCUCCACUGGAACCAGCCAUAGUUGUUUACCCUCAGCUGGCACUGCAAAAUGGGCAGCCCAGUUGCACCAACAUCUCUCUUUACACUUUGCUUGAGUACAGAAGGCAGUGGGAGAAGCUCUCCUUUGAGGUGGCAGUGGUGGCAGAGACUUUCCAGGAGAUGCUUCAGCGGGAUUUUGGCUACAAGCUUUAUAAAGCGCUGCUGGCCCUGCCGGAAAAGGAGGAGCCGCCGGAGGCCAAACAUCCCGAUUCAGAAAAAGUGCCGAAAUUGGAAAAGGAAGCCGAGAACGAAGUGAAGGAGGAUCCUCAGGAGAAACCUGCAGCAGAAGAUGCACCAGAUAGUAACCAGAAGGAAGUUCAAAAAGAGGGGAGUGGGGAGGCUGAGAAGAAGCCUCCGAAUCAAGAUGGGGCCAAUGCAACCAAGGAGGAGAAGGUGAGUGGGAAUGUCAAAGCCGAAGCGAAGGAUUCCACUGAUGACCUCUGUGAGCUCAGCAUGGAAGAUGACCUCUUGCUGCUAAGAGAGGACGAAGAGGAGGAUUUUGGUGUCAAGUUGGAAGACGCCGAAGUGAGAUCCGUUGCAUCCAACCAGUCUGAAAUCGAGAUUUCCUCCCUUCCUGAUAUGCCCAGAGAGCUGGACCCAAGUACUGUGUUGCCCUUGGAUGCCCUUCUUGCCUUCAUUUACUUCGACUUGAAUUUCUGUGGCUACCUGCAUAGGAAGGAUAUGGACAAGAUCCUGCUCACCUUGGGACUGCACCUCUGCAAAGAGCAGGUGAAGCGCUUGGUGAACAGGGUUGUGACGCAGUUUGUGUGCCGUUACCGCAGCCUGCGUUACAGCCGGCAGGAAGGUACAGAGGCCGGCCUCGGAGAGGAAGAGCUAUCAGGCAACCUCCAUUUCUUGCGCUCAUCGGUUCCUUUGACUAAAUCUACCCGAGAGACUCAGUCUACCAAUUUGAUCCCAUACAAUGGAGCUGUCCUUAAUGUCAGCAAACUCCUGGAAAAAGCCGAGCAGACAGAAAACAGCCGACUCUACCUGGAAAAUAAAAUCCAUACCCUGGAGCUAAAAUUGGAAGAGUCCCAGCUACGCUUCUUAUCCACGGAGGCAUCCAACAAGGCUUUGACGCUGGAAGUGCAGGAUUUACAGAAGCGCCUGACUGAGAUGGAGGAGCAGUCAAAAGUAUCUGAAAAGCAAAAAUCCCUUUUUCAAAGGCUGCUGCAGGAGAAUAAAAAGCGUCUGGUUCCUUUGCAACUGGAAAUCCAGAAGAUAAUUGAGAAGACCAACAACUGCUUAGAGAAGGAAGCCACGUCGCCCUCUGUUUCCAGCAACUGAUGCUCCCUAGAGAAGGAAAUCAUCUUGGCAGGGGAGAUCAGUACCACCUUUGGUUUGAUAUUUUGGGGGUGUGUGAGUAAAGCGGUUGUGGGGGGGUAGGUAAGCCUUUGAAACCAUCAACUUUUUUGCUGCUCUGUGAAAGGCUACAGCAGCUGGUUUUCAUCCUCGAACACCCCCUCCUCACCCCAGGCUUGGGGAGGGGAAAAGGGCCCCUAGUCCUGCAUGACUAGGAGGCACCCUUCAUCUGCUGGAAACCCCCCCUGCCCCUCCCCCACUUGUUUAAAGGAAUACCCGUUAGAGCUAGGCAUUUUGAUGGUCAGAAGAAGCUACAGGGUAGGUAUUUGGGGCUGUUGGCCAACAGCAAGUCUUGGACUGGGAACGUUAGCUCCGUACCGAGAGCCACACGAGUCCUGACUGCUCCAGAAGACCAGGCAUCGCUAGCCUCUUUGUGCUGCUGCAUGGAGAUGUUUUUAAGCCCCUCUCUCUCCCCGUCCCCUCUACAUCCAGCUUGAGGGGUGGCCUUCUGCCUGCCUUGGGCCGGCUGGUGCCUUGGGGGGGGGGGGGAGACGGCCUCCUGGCAGUCGGCAGGCUUUCAUCCGCUAGCCCUAAGACCAGCAACUCUUCCUGCCUCUGCCUUUUCUGGGUCGCACGUUCAGGGUGGCUCGCGAGUUUUGCUCGGGUGCUGUGGCUUGAGCGUCAACAUCGUACAUACUUUGGGCCAGCAUUUUAGCCAUUUUAAGAAAAAAAAAACGCCGCGAGUCCCUCCUCUUCCUCCUCCACUCCCUGUCAUUUACUUGCUCCAGGACCCACUUGAGUUUUCAUCACUAGCCUUCCGACAAAAGUGAAAUUCCCUUUCAGCGGAUCUUGAGUUUUGAGGAUCUGGGAUUUUUGGCAGCGAGAGGGGCCUGCGGUCCCUUAAACCUCCAUUGGAAAGACAUAGCACACAGCUGUGAGGGCUGGGCACAGCUGGAGGCCAUGGGGUUCCCACGGUGUAGACUUUAGCAGAGUAACUGGUGGGCCUAUGCAAAGCAGUGGCCGGGCUCAGGCCCCUCCCUCCAGUAGGUACUCGCUGCAUUUGCCCUGGCCACCUGCUUCCCCACCCUCAGGUGGUCUGUCACUUCUGAAUGUGUUGCUUUUAGUCUGUAAAUGUGGUAACAACUUGUAUUUAACUGGCCAAGUUACUUUUAUAAAAGUCUCUUCCUCACUUGGAAA